AUGAACCAGCAUUUUCAACAGCAAGCAAAUAGACAACAGAACAUGAAAACGCUUUACGUGCUGCUUCAUCUUGAUGUUUCUUCGAUCGACACGAGGUUCCAAAAAUCUUUAAUUACCUGGAGAGCCAAGCAAUACAUCACCGCGAAGCAGAAAUUUUCAUGGGUUGUAAAAGACGAGUUUUUGGAAAAUUCAAGCAAUAAAUUUUAUUAA